AACAGUAACAGGUGCUGGAAAACAGAAGCGCCAUUGAAGACUAGCAGGUGCUGGAACUGAAAUUCCGUACCUUCUUCUUCCAUCCUUCCCGUCGCAGAAGUAGAUAGCGACCCAAUUGGCUCUAGAAUCCGCGUACUAUCGGAGGGAUCAACUUCGAGGAAAACCAAGUAUCAACUUCAGUUCCUACUAUUCACUAUUGAAUUAGUAGCCAGAGAAAAUGCCUGCUCAAGAGAUUGAAACUGGUCACCAAGACACCAUCCAUGAUGUUACAAUGGAUUAUUACGGUAAGCGCAUUGCAUCAGCUUCAUCUGACCAGACCAUAAAGAUAACUGGUGUAAGCAACUCAGCCACUCAGCAUCUUGCAACGCUGGCUGGUCACCAAGGACCUGUUUGGCAGGUUGCUUGGGCACACCCAAAAUUUGGCUCUUUACUUGCUUCAUGUUCUUAUGAUGGUCGUGUCAUAAUAUGGAAGGAAGGAAAUCAGAAUGAGUGGUCACAAGCCCAUAUUUUCGAUGAUCAUAAAUCAUCUGUUAACUCAAUUGCAUGGGCCCCUCAUGAAGUGGGUCUUUGUUUGGCAUGUGGUUCAUCUGAUGGGAAUAUCUCUGUAUUCACUGGAAGAGCAGAUGGUGGUUGGGACACCUCUAGGAUCGAUCAAGCUCACCCAGUUGGAGUCACAUCUGUUUCAUGGGCUCCCUCUACUUCACCAGGUGCCCUUGUCGGGUCCGCUUUACUUGAUCCCGUUCAGAAGCUCUGCUCAGGCGGUUGCGACAAUACGGUGAAGGUGUGGAAGCUCUAUAAUGGGGUUUGGAAGAUGGAUUGCUUUCCAGCUCUUCAAAUGCACACUGACUGGGUUAGAGAUGUUUCAUGGGCUCCGAACCUCGGUCUGCCAAAAUCAACGAUCGCAAGCGCCUCUCAGGAUGGGAAAGUCGUUAUAUGGACCAUAGUCAGAGAAGGAGAUCAAUGGGAAGGGAAGGUACUAAAGGACUUCAAAACCCCUGUUUGGAGGGUAUCAUGGUCGUUGACUGGCAACAUCCUGGCCGUGGCUGAUGGAAAUAACAAUGUUACUUUAUGGAAGGAAGCAGUGGAUGGAGAUUGGGAGCAAGUUUCAACAGUUGAGCCUUAGGACAGUGUCCUCUGCUUUACUUCUUUGUAUCACAGAUUUUGGUAUAACUGGCGGUAAUUAACUUGGUAAGAUAUCAGUUUAUCAAAAAAUGGAGAUGGGUCAUUUUUUUUUUUAACCCAAAAUUCAUAUCAUCAUGAUAAA